GAGAAAUCAAAGAGAAAUGUUUCAAGUAUUCGGUAUAAAGAAAGACGCAUCUGGAUCAUCAUGUUCCAUCAUCAUCCAUUUGCAAAAACAUUUCAGUCAGCUUUCGGUCUUCUAAAGUACCUGACCUUGCGGCUCACACUGUUGUUUAGUGUUUUGAACCCCAUGCUCAGAUUUGGCAACAGAGUAUCACUACUCGCCAAGGCUGUGCCAACUCCAGUAGCUUCUGUUCUGCACCUGGCCUCUCUGUUUUACACUUCAAUAUCCAGCCAAGCUUUCACUGACCAGCAGGACUUAGAGGUGAAACUUUGGACCUAGCGGAACAAAGAAACUAAAGCAUGUCUGAGCUAAAUAAGGAGCGUUUCCACAUAAUCGCUGAUGUUAUGCAAGGCAAUGAAAGGCUGUUGGCUGUUUGCGAAUGUGCACCUCUGAGCCCAAGUUUCUGUCCAGCAGGAAACAAACCUUAAGCAAGUCAGCGCUUGCCCUUCCGCUCAGAGUGCUUUGCUCUGUUGUGACAUUGCCACAGGCUGAGAAACCUGUUUGACAUACCAAUGCAUUAAAGAGCUUUUAGAACUGAAAGUUACUUGGAUGCAAUCCCCGCAAAAAGCAUUUGGACGUUUUAGUUGCACACAUAUAUAUCUGACUGACACAACAAAGAUCACUACAAGUGUAACCUACACUCAAACGCUGAACUGUCCAAAUACAUUUGAGGCCUCUUUUUCUAUUUACUAUAAGUUAUGCUUGCUAUAUAUUUUGUGCAUAAUAUGCAUAUACAGUGCACAUGUGCAGUGCAAUCUGUAAAUAUCAUAAUUCACGUUUUAUGUUGUUGUUUAUUGUUUGCAGUGCAUGUGUAGAAUCUGCAAACAUAACGCAAAGACUAUAAAAAUGGAGUUCCUCGUAAUUAAUAUAUUAAUAAUCACUUGUUUUAGACAUUUAUUUACAAGGAUUGCUAUUGUGUGCAUGCACAAUGCAUGUGCAGAAUCUGCACAGAUAACGUGUAAACUACAUAAAUGAUAGCUAGUAUUACUUAUUUACAGGGAUUUUUGUUGUAUGCAUGUACAAUGCAUGUGUAGAAUCUGCAAACGUAACGCAUAGACUAUGAAAAUGGAGUGCCUCGCAAUUAAUAUAUUAAUAAUCACUUGUUUUAGCCAUUUAUUUACAAGGAUUGCUAUUGUGUGCAUGCACAAUGCAUGUGCAGAAUCUGCAAAAAUAACGUGUAAACUAUAUAAACGAGGCUAUGACUAAUUAUUUACAGGGAUUUUUGUUGUGUGCAUGUGCAAUGCGUGCGUAUAAUCUGCAAAUGUAUAGACUCGUAAUAUCGGUGCAUUGUGAUUCAUUUUGCAGUUGCACUUUUCCCGCAUGUUCCUGUGACACACGGCUGUAAUUUAACUCGUCUAAGCCCGUGUUACUUUUAAGACUGAUCGGAUUAUGAUUCUGUUGACAUGCGUAAUUACGCAUGGUAAUGAAUGUACUACGCACGGGCGGGGCGGGGUCGCCUCCAGCUGCGGUGGUCCAAGGGGCUGAUGCUGAUGGAUCCGGCUUGACAGAACAAGGUUAUCCGCCAGGAGAGAGUCCGUCCAUUUUCUUCAUCCGCUCCUCACUCACAGCAGCAGCGGCAGCAGCUCCCCGCCCGUUCGCGUCACGGAGAGCGUCCACCGGACUCCGCUUCUCCACGCACGGCAGAGGCGCAGGACGAGUCCAGGUUGCCGCGCCCAACAGAACACGGGAUGCGAGCGACUCCUGCAGCUGGCUGGGAUGCAAAAACGCAAAUGAAGGUGAAAUAAUGGCGUUUGGAGGAAAUAUCGUCUUUCUGGCACUUUGCUAAGGCGGCGAUUCUAGAGGAGGAGGUUUUUGUUUGCCGCACAACACCGGAGUGGAUGUAACAGGAAAAGUCAUUUGCGUGGAUCUAAUCAUUCGCAUGUGAACUUUUCCUUCCAACAAUGUGAAUCUGAGAAAAUAGCGUGUGUUCUUUGCAAUGCACCACGUUAGAGUGUUUUUCUAACAUCUUCAGCACACUGACUCGGUGAAGAUGCAGAUGCUGCUGCUUUUAAGAACGGUCUUUUUCAUUGCAGGAUGUCCACAUGUUUUGUUGCACGGAGAAAGCCGUAACGCACACACCAAAGAACCAGUUAGGAGCCUUCGUGAUGCAAAACCCAGUGCCCCACACCCUGCGAGGCGCCAAGCCGCAGGUACACCUGCCUUUGACAUCAAACAGACUUCAGAAGACAACACUAACUUGUCUUCACAUCUCUGGCUGCUUUUGGAGAGCGGAGGUAAGCGCUACGGAUACAGACAUCUCUUGUCGAACAGAACACAUGCGGUCACGGAGAGUGGCACAAACCUACACAAGCGCUCGCGGCGACAUAAAAGGAAAAAGUUGAAUGGCGAGAUGCCUGCUGCCAUGGGAACAGUAGGUGGACACAAUAACUCCAAGCCUUAUUCAACAAGCAAGCGAGAAAGAAACCACAGACGCAAAAGAGGCACAAAGGAGCACCACAAGAAAGGUUUUAAGAGCUUGAAAAGAGGCCAGAAUAAAAGCGCUGCCCCAAUGACACCAGUCGAAACUUAUUAUAACGCCCUGACAUCCUCUUUAUCCAUGUGGGAACCCUUGCCCAAGCCUCUAGCUCUCACCUCCACUGAUUUCCCAUUCGAUCUCACCAGAUAUGCCGAGUUCCACACCAAACAGAUAGACGACCCGUGGGACGCCACGCCGAUGACCCCUCCGUACGCCGAGGAUGAGGAGAGCGAGUUCUUCCCCAAUCCUUUCUACCCCGUCACUAGCGAGACCUACGGGGCGUAUGCAAUCACCAUCGUUUCGGUCCUCAUUUUCGCUGUGGGAAUAACGGGCAACAUAGCAAUAAUGUGUGUGGUGUGCCAUAACUACUACAUGAGGAGCAUCUCAAAUGCUCUUCUGGCUAACCUGGCCAUUUGGGACUUUGCACUGCUCUUGUUUUGCCUGCCACUCGUGGUGUUUCACGAGCUCACAAAGACCUGGCUGCUGGGCCAGUUCACCUGUAAAGUCGUACCGUAUAUUGAGGUGGCGUCUCUCGGCGUGACCACCUUCACCCUGUGCGCGCUCUGCAUCGACCGUUUCCGCGCCGCGACCAACGUCCAGAUGUACUACGAGAUGAUCGAGAACUGCACCUCCACCGCCGCCAAACUAGCCGUCAUCUGGAUCGGCGCCCUACUCCUCGCGCUCCCCGAGCUCCUGAUCCGCCAGCUGGUGUCGGAAAACGGCGACGGCACGGCGGACGACCCGGCGUCCGAGCGCUGCUUGAUUCGCAUCUCCACGUCCCUCCCCGACACGCUGUACGUCCUGGGCCUGACGUACGAAGGAGCUCGUCUCUGGUGGUGCUUCGGCUGCUACUUCUGCCUGCCGACGCUCUUCACCAUCGGCAGCUCGGUGGCGACCGCUAGACGCAUCCGUCGCGCCGAACGCGGCUGCGCCAGAGGCAACAAGAAGCAAAUCCGCCUGGAAAGCCAAAUGAACUGCACCGUAGUCGCUCUAGCGAUCGUAUACGGCGCGUGCGUGGUUCCCGAGAACGUGUGCAACAUGGUUUCGGCGUACAUGGCGGCCGGGGUCCCGCAGAGCACCAUGGCGCUGUUGCAUCUGCUCAGUCAGCUGCUGCUGUUCCUGCGCGCCGCCGUCACGCCGGUGCUGCUGCUGUGCCUCUGCAGACCCUUCGGCCGUGCCUUUUUGGAGUGCUGCUGCUGCUGCUGCGCGGACGCCUGCGGGAUCGCCGCUCACUCUUCGGCCACGGCCAGCGACGACAACGAGCACGAGUGCACGACGGAACUGGAGCUGUCGCCGUUCAGCACUAUACGCCGGGAAAUGUCCAACUACACGGCGACUGGAUCCCACUGCUGAGUGAACGUGUGGGGAUUCGAGUGCCAACCGUACUGUACUGUACUGUACAAGCACAUGCUUUUGUCUUACUGUGUAAAUACUUUGACCACAAGCCGUGUGUUGCUCUUUUAAAGAAGGUAAUGUAGACUGAAAAUUAUGUAAGUACUUUUUUUUGUAUAAUUGUCCUUAAUAUAUAUAAAUAGAAAUAUAAAUAUAUAUAUAUAUACACUGAACUAGUGACUGCUUUAAUUUUGCAGUUUUUUUGCACUGCCAAACACUUUAGCUUUCUCUCCACUGUUUCCACACUUGCAUCGCGUCUACACUGGAGGCGAUCGUCAUCGAGUCAGAUUGAGUGUGUCUGCGCUGGAAGCGUUGAUCAAAUAGAGAUGUUCACUAAGCACAGACUAGUCACAUGUUUCCACUGAAUUAAAAAGAAAAAGGUAAUUGGGACAUUUUAUGUCACAUUUCGGACUUUUUUCUCAGAAUUGUAAGCUUAUAUCACGCAAUUCUAAAGCAAGUCAGAAUUUUGAGUCUGUCUUGUAAUUUUAAAAAUAUGUCAGAAUUGAGUUUGUCUCACAAUUCUAAAAAAAGUCAGAAUUUUGAAUUUGUCACAAUUCUAAAAAAAAAAGUCAGAAUUUAUAUCACGCAAUUCUAAAAAGUCAGAUUUUUGAGUUUAUGUCGCAAUUCUAAAAAAAAAAAGAAUUUGUCGCAAUUCUAAGAAAGUCAGAAUUUUGAGUUUGUCUUGUAAUUCUAAAAAAAAGUCGGAAUUUAUAUCUCGCAAUUCUAAAAAAAGUCCGAAUAUUGAGUUUAUAUGUCGCAAUUCUAAAAAAAAUUCGAAUUUAUGUCGCAAUUCUAAAAAAGUCAGAAUUUUGAGUUUGUCACAAUUCUAAAAAAAAGUCAGAAUUUAUAUCUUACAAUUCUAAAAAAGUCAGAAUUUUGAGUUUGUCUUGUAAUUCUAAAAAGAAAGUCUGAAUUUAUAUCUCGCAAUUCUAAAAAAAAAAGUCAGAAUAUUGAGUUAUGUUGCAAUUCUAAAAAAAACUAGAAUUUGAGUUUGUCUUGUAAUUCUAAAAAAAAAGUCAGAAUUUAUAUCUCGCAAUUCCAAAAAAAAAGUCUGAAUUUUGAGUUUGUCUUGUAAUUCUAAUAAAAAAUUCAGAAUUUAUAUCUCGCAAUUCCAAAAAUAUCAGAAUUUUGAGUUUAUGUUUUUACAUAGAUUUUAUUUUUUGUUUGAAGUAACCGCCAAAACUUAAGUAUGUAACUCAAUGAAUAAAAUUCAUAGCAAAAAUAUAAGCAUAUUUGAUGUUGUUAAUAAAAUUAUUGUAUUUAGGUCAGAAAUGGAAAAUACAGGCUUCCCACACUUUUUGACAAAUGAAUUGAAAAUAUUUUUCAGUGAUGUUUUCAGGAUUUUAUAACCAUUUUGAAAUACUUAAAAACCAAUGUUUAAUUUUUAUUCCAUCAACUGUAAUUUUUUCGUAAUUUUAAAAUUAUUUUCUAUUUUAUAAUAAAUUUUUUCUUUUACUUUUUUCCAAUCAAAACGAUCAUAAAUUACUGGGAGUUAAUCAUUUAAAUAGCAUAAAGCAGUUACUUGAAAUAAAAGUAACCUAAAGGUUUUUACCAAUGGAUUUUUGUUGAAAAUAAAAUGGUAAUAAAAUAAAAUGUAAAUUAUUUAAAAAAUGUGUCUAAUAAACUAAAUUAAAAAUACAACAAUUAAAAAAUUGUUGUAUUAAGUUCCCUGACUUUCCAGGCUUGAAAAUCCCUAUUACAGGCUAAAUAAAGACUAGCUGAAGACUAGCUAGUCGUAUCACAUCGCUCCAGCACGGAUUCGCUUAAUCUAAAUGGAUCUGGUUUAUAUCGCCUGUCGAUGGCGUCCGGUGUAGACGCGACGUUCCUGUCGCACGGUGUGUUUCUGCAUUUCUUGAAAGUAACAUUUCUCUAAUGUUUCUAAAUGGCUGUGUGUUGCGUGCCGUGACCUUUCUCUUGAUGAAGGUGAUUCUUGUGAAUCGUUCUUGAAGUCUGUAGAGCAUCUGUUCGUGUCUUAUACCUGUCAACACCCACAGGAUGCUCCUUCUAGUUAACGGUUUCUAAACGUUUUUAUAUAACCCCAACGAAAUGUCUCUUUAAUAAACACAACACGUUUGCUAGAAGAACGGCAAACUGAGAUACGAAAGUG